UUCAUUAUUUUAUUUUGUGUGAUUCUUAUUUUUAGAUCUUAAUAACUCUGAUUAAGCACCUGCACCAGGCAAUAUCAUUUUGCCUAUAAUUUGUUGUACAAAUGAUGCAAGUGUUUUUAAACAAUGUCAGUCGACUUUACUAAAGCAGCUCCCUUCAACAAACGCUGUAAGAGUCUCAGUAGGAAGUGCUGGCUGGUUAAUUCAUCGCUCUUUGAAACCUCAGAGAUUGAGGUGCUUGGUGGGGCAGUUUAGGCCACUCAGCAGUCAUUUCUGGAGCUCGCAGUAGAAAAAAAGUUAAGCUGUUAAUCAAUCUGAGAAAUAAAAGAUUGUCUUUUGUCUUACAGAGAAAUAACCCAAACGUAUGUUACCGGACAAGUUCAUACUUCUCAAGAUUAUCUGAAAACAAUACCAGCAUUCCUCCUGCCCAUACUGGCCUCGAAGAGAUCCCCUUCUAGUGCCUCUAGUGAUGGGGGACAACAUCCACAGUCCUUAUGUAUUCCAAAGCUUAGUGGAAGCUAGUUUGAGGUUUCAGCAGUACCAGUUAGACAAAUCAAGUGUGCAUCUUCCAAAGUUAGUCUUUGUAGUUAAGUUACGUUAAGGGUUCAGUAUGCUUGAAACGAAAUUGGUUUGUGCGGCAUGUUGUCGGACUGUGUCUAAAGGCAAAUGUGUUUAUACCAGUUUGUACCAAAUGGCCACACUCAAGGGCGGGGUGAAAAGAAGCUGUCAUAAAGAGCUGUGGCAAGCGAUAAAUAAUUCAAACAGGGAAGAGAGGCCACACUUUUGGACAGUCUCUGCUCAGUUGUGCGCAUGAAAAGUGAUAAUCGUGUGAAGAAUGAAAAAAGAGCUUGAGAGAGAAGUUCAAAUUCUGCCUACUUUCUCAGCUCCCCACACCUGGCCUACGGCUGUGUAAAACAUGACAGAACAAGAAGAGAAGAAAGAGAAGGACUGUGUGUUUAAAUGAGUGCAUAGUGUAUUGUUUUAACUAUCCAUUUUUGCAACAAUCCACUAUCUGAUCAUUACAGUGUCUCCUCUGCCACUGUGCACUGCUCAGAAUACAUCAGGCAGCUUGUCCUGUAUGCAUGUGGACGUAUCAGAUGAUAAGGUGGACUAAAGCCUAUAAAUACGGCUGCCUGAGUCUCCCGGUGAGCCAGUGUUUAAAGCACCUGCGCCACCUGAUGAUCUCUGCUGUCUGAACCCCGCCGUCCUCCCUCCUGUGCUUAACGUUUCGUUAUUUCGGUUCAUCUCUUCUUCUAUGGAAAGAAGCGCCGUCAGAAGAGUCGUGUUUUCAUGUAUUUUCACGUAUGAAUUAAUCGCGUCCUCGCUCUAUUAAAACGAUGUCUCCCUGUGCGUAAAAUGCCGCGCUUAGUGCGUCCUGGCGCGGACGAUUCCUUUGAAAAUGUGCGGUGUCAGUCGCGUUUCCUUCACGCCCCGCUGCUGUGGAUCGGUGCUGAGCAGGAGUGGCAUCUCGGCGACAAAAUCUGGAUGAAAGAGCGUCCUUUAGAGCUCAGGCAUGCAUCGAGUAGUGAGAUCAUUGGCGUUAUAAAUAUCCCCGUGCCAGCAGAACAACUCCAGCUCCUGCAGCCGGGGUAAUGCCCAGGAGCGCUGCAAGCGUGUGUGCGCACGGUUUCUGGCGCCCAGACCUCAGGAGCGACACCAAAAUGCUAGAAGUGGCCUAGCGAGUGUCUCCUUUUUGGAAGCAUGAAUGCUCCUCUUUACUUUCUGACCGUCGCUCACUUGAUUUGCGCCGCCGCCGGAGCACACCACGUCUCUUUGGAGCGCCAACUUCUGGAGGAGGAGAUCAGUUCGGGACGCAGGACUUGCAGGCUCUACUGUAGGGUUGGCAUCGGCUUCCAUCUCCAGAUUCAUCCCGACGGCAGAGUCAACGGCAGCCAUGAGCCCAACCAGCUGAGUGUCCUGGAGCUCUUUGCGGUUUCUCAGGGGGUCAUUGGCAUCAAAGGGGUCUACAGUAACAGAUUCCUGGCCAUGAAUAAAAGAGGACGACUCCACGCUACUGAAUGGUUCACAGACGACUGUAAGUUCAGGGAACGUUUCCAGGAGAACAGCUACAACACUUAUGCCUCAGUAAUCCACAGGAACCACAGGACUGGUCGCGAGUGGUACGUGGCAAUCAAUAAGAGAGGGAAAGCUAAAAUGGGCUCCAGCCCGCGGGUCAAAUCCCAGCAUGUCUCCACCCACUUCUUGCCCAGGGUCAGCCUGCACGACAAGAGUGAGCGAGGCUUCACCAUCACAGACAGGAGCAAAGAGAGGAGGAAAGCCCCGCCGCCACCACCUCCCAAACCUCCUGUGGCGAAGGCUAACAUCCAUGCAGGAACAGCACCGAGACGUACGCAAGUGAAGUACUGGCCCAAGUACCGGUUUGGAUAGAUGUCAUAGGGUUUGGCUCUAUCUGGGGGAUACAAGGUUCAUAGACGAUGGACAUAAAAGUAAUGGGUGUGCCCAAAAAACUGACAAUGGUCAUUUAUCACAUUCAAAGCAUUCCGGGUAUCUAUGAAGUGUGGGAAAAACCUCAAAGGGCUGCCAGGUACAACUACUGAGCUUUUCUUUGUUGAAACUAUGAUCAUAGUUGGGAGUUGCCUUUUCACUUGAGUUGAUGAUGUUUUAUGUUAUCAUUUGUGUACAUGGUGAACUUGCCCUAUUGACAUUUGAAAAAAUGUCGUUUAAAAGCAGAUGCUGUUAAAGCUGAAAUCCAUAACUUUCUGUAUAUUCUUGGUGAGACAUACUGGAAAUGAUUUUUGAAUUAUACAUUGAAGACAGAAAAGUCAUCCACGUUGUUCUGCUAUCUUGCUAGCUGAAUGAAAAUGUCCUCAACUGACCAUGUGGGGUCCUCCGUCAUUUCCAAAUUGGAAAGGGACUGUACAAAAAAUAUUAUGGGGUAAGUGCAGACUAGAAAAGGGGUAUGUAUUUUUUUUACUGUAAGUUUUUUCUCACCCCAGAGUUAUAUUUUAUUUCCACAAUUUCUUGUGAUAUAUAUAUUUUUCAAAAUUGAAAUAGGUGGAACAAAAAGAUUGCCAUGGGUCAUAAAUGUGCAUUUUGCCACAAGCAGAAGACAACAAUCAUGUCUUUUUAUCAGGGCUUUAUUUUCCUCAGAAUAAUCAACCAUUAGCCAACAGUGGCUCCCACCUUCAUUUAAAGUAGAUCUCAGUAGAGAUAUUAGGGGGGAGCGCUUUGAAAUUUUUAUUCUAACUCAAGGAGAGGUUCCGAAGACGAUAUUAAUAUUGCUGGGGAUGCCUUUGUGUUUUUAAAAAGUGAAAACAUUUUUGUACAGUCCCUAAAGUGGUGAAACUAUGAACCAAAGUAGAAUGGGAUGACACAGAUUUGUAAAAUGGAUUUCAGAGUUAUGUCGUGUGUGACUUUUUUUCAUAGCACAAGAAAGUGAAAGUGAAAAGUAAAAUUAAAAGGAAGACAAUUAUUUAAAAUUUUAAAAUACGUAUAAAAUGAGGAGGGAAGCACAAAACAUUAUUGUAAAAUUGUACAAUUUGAAUGCCAUUGUCAGCCAGAAAAGUAAAGCAAGCAAGUCGCUACUCAGAUCAUGCAGAUGACAAAACGUGAUAGUUACGUUAUGGAUUUCAGCUUUAAACACUGAAAAAUAAUUACAUCACAAAUAUGUAUGCUCUCCCUGUUAGUUAAAUGAUAAAUAAUGUGAUACAUCUGACUCCAAGGCAUAUUUUUUUGCCACUUUUGAGAAAUGAAAAGCUUUCUCAAACCGGCUUGGAAAAUGCUUCAAACAUGUCUCCUGCCUAAACAUACACACCGACCAACUGUCCCCUUUCCUAACACCAGAUUUGUGAUAAUCAACAUGAAAACGAGGACUGGCUCUCUGGAGACUCCCCCCUCUUCCUGGACAGCUGUGAGGGAUCAAGGAGAAAACUGUCCAUCAAAACUAUCAUCUUAGCAACCGGCUGUCCCCCAAAAAAUCCAGAGUCAUGACCUCAUGGCAUUCCACCCAGGAGGAGCAUGCAACGCCAUCACCGCAGGGAUAAAGAUGCCGAGAAAGAGUGGUCACUUGUUUUGGGGAAGGUUGAAGCUGUAGGUGUAUCAGAUGGCAAACAGCCGUGGAAUGGCCAUGUAGACAUCUCUGGGGAGGAAGGCAGGGUUUGGCUGCAAAAUACAUAGCCUAAGAGCCCGAGUUAUAAAUUAAAUGCUGUCUUUAAUUUAAUUGUUUGAAUUACUUGAGCUUGGGGUACGUUUUGCAGAAGCGUUCAAAGAAAUUCAGUUGGACUAUUUCUCAAACUACUUUGAUCAUCACUGACCACUGUGAACCUGUGUAUUAACCUAUGGGAAAAUGUUCCAAGUGCAAAAUGAACCCAACAGGUGCCGAUAAAGCAUUGAGUUUUCGUGUCGGGUUCGGGCCGUAUCGUUGCGUAAAGCUACAUGCUUGGACUGGAUUCAGGUCUGGUCAUUUUCUUGUCGUCAUUUAUUAAGAUGUUUCUGUCUUUCUCUGACUGUGUUAAUAAUCUGCUCCCAUGUGUGCCAUGUGUUGCAAGUAGAUAUGCAAUGCCCAGUGGUAAGAGGCAAGAGUGCAUCAAAUGUGCUGCAUUAGCCUGGUGGGCUAACUGUCAGUAAUGGAUGAAAUAAAGCAAAAAUAUAGCUUCGGGUCUCAGGCUUGGUCUCAAAUUUGGCAGUGCAGUCAUUGUCAUUUGGGUCGGGUCUUAAAGAUGCGGGUAUGACCCGGGUUUGGGUCUCAGUUUUGAGCCUGUGCAGAACUCUACUUAGUGCACAAACAUCCAUCAAGGAUGCGUUAUAAUCCACAUGUGUUGUUAUAAUAGAAAAUGUUAGAAAAUUGUUAAUCUGAAUCUUUACCCACAUCUGCAAACAAAGACACAAAAUGACUAACAAUCAUGGGAGUCAAGUAUGAGUUCAUAAGAAAAUCUACCUAUCUUGCAAGACUAAAAAUGCCUUGAAAAGACUUCUAGAUCUACACCAAAAAUAAAUCUCUUGUUCCUCAGACGGUGGUCUAACUUUCCAGCAAAUGUUAUUAAAAUCUAUUAAGACCUGGAGAGAUACCCUGCAAUGUAACAAGCAAACAAGUUGAAAACAAAACCUUGCUGGUGAAGAUUACAACAAAAGACCGCCAUCGUAUAGGGCAGCGUUUCCCAAACCUCUCCUGGAGUACUCCUUGUGCCGCAUGUUUUACAUCUCUCUACUCCAGGAGAGGUUUGGGAAAUGCUGACACAGGGGAAGACAAAAUAUCUAAAAGGAGUAAAAUGCUUCUAUUAUAAAGUUAUAUAUAUAUAAGUAUAUAUAUAUAUAUGUAUACUGUGGCCAAGUGUUUCUGUCCAGGCAAAGUGAAAAGCUACACGCUCUGGGGCACUUAGAAACUAGAUAUCUUGAUGCUGUUUUUUAAUCAUCUUCUGUGCCGACAUCAUGUUUAUGGUCCUCAUACACAUCCCAAAGAAAUAUUUUUUGUACCAGAAAUUUUUUUAUGAAAACUUAUGUAUGAAGAAGAGUUUUUAUGUUACAUGACUAUUAAAAAUGAAUAUAUCAGUGG